GACUGAAUGCGUGAAUUCGGUUGUGAAUAAUUUGGUUUCGCGAGUAGGAAAUUUCCUAUUAGCUGACUAAUAAUCUACUUUACAGACACUGAUCAGUUGGUUGAAGACAUCUAGACCUCGACACAAUAAAUUGGAAAUAUAAUUUGUCUAAAAAAAAUAAGGCAAUUAAAGUAAAAAUCAGGAUACCAACCUCGAUUUAUUUACAAUAUUUUGGGAAUAAUGUAUGACAGUGACGGUCUAUAGAUCAGCUGAAAAUUUAAGGCUACAGGAAUAGCAGAAACGCAUAACUCAAUUGUUUGUAAUUACACAUAGAAAACUGUGAGUUCUUAUGGCUUGAAGAAUAGUUUUCCUAGUUUUUCUCUAUCGUUUAUUUUCCUCAUUAUAUUUUUAGUUGUUUAGAUAUAUAGUCUCACUGUAGAUUGAUUAUUUCACUAAUACUAUCUAAAUUUGUGAGAUAAAAAAUGACCCUUGGCUUUUAAAAAGGUUUGCUAAAGCUCAGCUUCAUUGAUUAUGAAAAGGCAUUCAACAGUGUAGAUAGGAGGACAUUAUGGAAACUUCUUCGACACUACGGAGUUCCUGAGAAGAUUGUCAAUAUUAUCCGGAACUCAUACGACGGACUACAGUGCAAAGUAGUGCAUGGAGGACAGCUGACAGAUGCAUUCCAAGUAAGGACCGGAGUCAGACAAGGCUGUUUACUCUCUCCCUUCCUCUUUCUUCUGGUGGUCGACUGGAUUAUGAAGAUCUCAACAUCUGAAGGAAAACACGGAAUACAAUGGACAGCUCAGAACCAAUUAGACGAUUUGGACUUCGCAGAUGACCUAGCCCUCCUAUCACGUACACACGAACAGAUGCAGAUGAAGACAGCCAGUGUAGCAGCAGUCUCUGUAUCAGUAGGCCUCAGCAUACACAAAGGGAAAACUAAGGUCCUCAAAUUCAAAGCGGAGAACAGCAAUCCAAUCACACUUGAUGGCGAAACUCUGGAAGAUGUAGAAUCCUUCACAUACCUGGGAAGCAUCAUCGAUGAACAAGGAGGAUCCGAUGCAGACGUAAAGGCGAGGAUCGGCAAAGCAAGGGUCGCAUUCCUACAAUUGAAGAACAUAUGGAACUCAAAACAACUCUCAACCAAUAUCAAAGUGAGAAUCUUCAAUACGAACGUCAAGGCAGUUCUACUGUAUGGAGCUGAAACUUGGAGAACUACAACAACCACAAUCAAGAAAGUACAAGUAUUUAUAAAUAGCUGUCUUCGCAAGAUACUCAACAUCCAUUGGCCGGAUACCAUCAGCAACAGCCUUCUGUGGGAGAGAACAAACCAACUUCCAGCUGAAGAAGAAAUUAGGAAAAGACGAUGUAAAUGGAUAGGACAUACAUUACGCAAAUCGUCAAACUGCAUCACGAGGCAAGCCCUAACUUGGAAUCCUGAAGGGAAGCGGGAAAGAGGAAGGCCAAAGAACACAUUACGUCGGAUAAUAGAAGCAGAUAUGAAAAGGAUGAAUUACAACUGGGCGGAGCUCGAAAGGAUUGCCCGGGACAGGGUUGGAUGGAGAAUGCUGGUGAGCGGCCUAUGCUCCUUCACGAGGAGUAACAGGCGUAAGUAAGUAAGUAAAGCUCAGUGAUGAUCUUCAAUCUGCCUUGUAGUUUUAUUAUUUCCAAAUAUUAUUCACAUUAAGAGCAGCGCUUAAAUAAAGUGAUGAUUGAUUCGAAUAGUAUUGAAUAAUAAUAAAAGAGUGAAUAGUUGAUAAGAACAAGAGUAAAAAACCAAUGAUUCACAUCGAAUUCAUUGCUAUAUCUGCUGUCUGAAGAAGUCUUAUAUUUUAAUAGAAGUUAGGUUGUUAGGUAGUUUCAAAGUGCUCCUCAGAAAACUCAGUAGGGUCCCAGAAAACUCUUGGAAAUAUUUUAUGCAAUUAGGAUUGAAUGGACGUUUCUUCGUAACAUCUAGUAGGGUGACAUCACGGGUUACAUUUUUAAUUGGAUAAUUACCUUUUUACUCGUAUAUUUAUUAUACUUGUAGAACUUUCUGGACGA